UUUGAAUAAUCGAGUCUAAUUCUGAGUUGUCCAUCGUGUGCAUUGGUUGAUUUAGGGCAUACAUGCGAUUGAUGAGAACGUAAGCCGUCUUCCUCGUUCGGGUCUGCGCUUCCCAUCCUCGCCAGCUGCCGCCGCAAGUAGUUCACAAGCCUCUCAACUUACCUCGAGGUCACUAGUUUGACUUUGAUAGCCAUGUAUCUUCAGUUUUACAUCAAUGAUAACGGGGACAAGGUCUACACCACCAAGAAAGAAUCGCCACUUGGUAUAGCAACAGAAUCUGCUCAUCCAGCGCGCUUCUCCCCAGAUGACAAGUACUCUAGGCAGCGCGUUCUUCUCAAGAAACGAUUUGGUUUGCUUCCCACCCAGAAACCACCACUGCAGUACUAGGCAGUAUUCUGCUUUAUAGAUGCUCCGUUAUAUUUAUUAGUACUAUGUAAUUUUGCAGAUCUUAUGGGCUACUUUUUGUGAAUUCUUCCAAUGGAAUAUAUAUAUUUUAUAACAGUUUCAUAAUUGUAUUUUAGAUAUUGGAACCUCUGAUAUUUUAUUC